UACAAUAGAGAAUUUCAAGAAUAAUAGUCGUCGAAGAAAAAAAAAAGAGACCCCUUUCCAUCCAGAAAAACACUGAUAUUGAUCGAAUCGCGCCUUCUUUUCUUUCUUUCUUCUUCCUUCUCCGCCUUCCUCCUUCGAUGAGAAGAAGUAAAGAAAGGAAGUAAAGGUGCCAUCUGGGACUCCUUCUUCUCCAUGGCUUCUCUCUGGUCCUUCCUCUUCCUCCUCUCCUCGUUAUCUAUGUUCGCCUGCUUCUCCUCCGUCUUCAGCGAGGAGAAUGACAUCGCCAUCACGCCCAUCAAUCGAGAUCUCUACCAUUCCAGUUCUGAUUUAUUGGAGCAGAUUAAUUCGUUGGUUCAUCGUCACCCUGACAAGCUCACCAUGGAGACCAUUGCCAAUGGGAACAAAGGCUACCAAGCGGAGAUGACCGUAGUCACUUACUCCAGAAGCUCGACCAAGGACGGUGAUGACAAGUCCAAGUUUCGGAUUCUUCUGAGUUUUGGGCAGCAUGGAAGAGAACUCGUUACUACGGAGCUCGCACUUCGGAUCUUAUCUAUAUUGAGUGAGGAACAGUUCCUGCCUAACGUGGAUCGCGACGCUUUCAACAGCACCCUAGACAAGCUUGUCAUCAAGAUGGUGCCAGUGGAGAACUUGAAUGGCCGAAAACUUGUUGAGCAAGGAGAUCUUUGUGAGAGGAGGAACGGAAGAGGAGUUGAUCUCAACAGGAACUGGAGUGUUGAUUGGGGUAAAAAAGAGAAGGAUUAUGAUCCUUAUGAAGAGAAUCCAGGCACUGCUCCUUUCAGUGAGCCUGAAACCCAAACAAUGCGGAGACUUGCCUUAUCUUUCGAUCCUCAUGUUUGGAUUAAUGUACACUCUGGAAUGGAGGCUUUGUUCAUGCCUUACGAUCACAAGAACACGACGCCUGAAGGAUCUGCCUCACAAAAAAUGAGAUCAUUGCUCAAUCGAGUGAACAAAGAUCACUGCUAUGAUCGUUGUAUGGUUGGAUCUGGGGGAGGCUCUGUUGGGUAUCUUGCCCAUGGCACAGCAACAGAUUACAUGUACGAUGUUGUGAAAGUUCCCAUGGCUUUCACCUUUGAGAUGUAUGGGGAUUCCACAGCUUCAGCAAAGGACUGUUUCAAAAUGUUCAAUCCUAUUGAUCAUGCUACCUUCAAUAGAGUUCUCAACGAUUGGUCGGCUGCAUUCUUUGAGAUUUUCAAAACGGGACCAAACCACAUGGACGAAGCCCAUUCGAAGGCAGCUGCAUCAGGCCAGGAGAAUCUCCAGUCUCCAUCUUCGUCCUCACUCCUCUCUGUCUCCACCUCACCACGCCGAGAAGACGAGAAUCCUGCUUCCCGGACCCAGCACCGCGCCAUCCUCACCCGCCUCGACGGCGGCCGACGCGCGGCGUUCCAACUCCUCGUCGUCGGAGCUUCCCUGCUCGCUGUUCUCGACUUCAGGAAAGUUCAGGGCAUAACUUGCCGGCGUUAUUCCACAAGCUACACUGCCAAAGUCACCUCAGCAUCUCCAACAGGCCGUGUGCUCUCUGCUGAGGUCUCUCCAGCCCAUCCUCUCGACCCCCGGGGGUAUCUCCUCCCUCGCCGCCACCUCAUUUGUAAGGUGACACAACUCCUUCGUCAAUCUGACCAUGACAACUGUCACCCUUCUUCCGCUCGACCGAAGCUCAACCCUGCUCUCCACCUUGAAGAUUACCUCUCUUCCCUCACCAUCGUCCUUACCUCUAAUGAAGUCUGUGAAAUUAUGAAAUCUCUGAAUUCCGCUUCACUUGCCAUCAAAUUCUUCCGGAUCUGCCCGUCUCUCUGCCCCAAAUUUCGGCACAAUUGCUUCACCUACACGCGGCUCAUCCUCAUCAUUUCAAGGUCAAAUCUUCCCAACAAGCUGGAGCUUGUUAGGGGGAUGGUUUCCGAGAUGCGGAAGAAUGGGGUUCGUGGGUCCAUCUCUACGGUGAACAUAUUGAUAGGAUGUUUUGGGGAGGGCAGGGAUUUGGAGGGUUGCAUUGAGCUGUUGAAGAAUUGGGACUUGGAAAUGACAGCCUAUACUUAUAAGUGUUUGGUCCAAGCGUAUUUAAGGUCUCGUGAUAGCGUGAAAGGGUUUAGGGUUUAUGAGAAGAUGAAGCUUGAAGGGUACAAGCUUGAUAUUUUUGCUUACAAUAUGCUCUUGAAUGCUUUGACAAAUGAUGAUAAGAUAAACGAGGCCUGUUUGGUGUUUGAGGAUAUGAAAAGGAACCAUUGUGCGCCCGAUGAGUACACGUACACAAUUAUGAUCAAAUUGAGUGGGAAGACGGGCAAACAUGAUGGAGCAUUGACAUUCUUUGAAGAAAUGUUAAACAAGGGCUAUUCUCCUAAUAUAGUUGCUUAUAAUACAAUGCUUCAGGUACUCACAAGUAGCAGAAAUGUCAACAAGGCUAUUUUACUUUUCUCUAAGAUGGUGGAGAAGGGCUGUCGCCCAAACGAAUACACAUAUCAUCUCCUCCUCAAUCUCCUGGCUGCAGUUGGGAAGCUUCAUAAGCUGGAUGAGAUGGUUGAAUUAUCAAAGAAAUACAUGACAAGAUCAAUUUAUGCAUACCUCGUGAGAACGCUCAGUAAACUGGGCCAUGCAAGUGAGGCACACCGAUUCUUUUGCAACAUGUGGAGCUUUCAUGACAAAGGUGAUAAAGAUGCAUGCAUUUCCAUGCUGGAAAGUUUGUGUAGUGCUGGUAAAACAACUGAGGCAAUCGAUCUCUUAGGCAAACUUCCCGAGAAAGGGGUUGAUACUGAUACAAUGAUGUAUAAUAUGGUGCUCUCUGCUCUUGGAAAAUGGAAGGAGAUACCUCAUCUUCACGAUAUGUAUGAAACCAUGAAAAACAAAGGGCCCUCACCGGACACUUUCACUUACAACAUUCUGAUCUCAAGCUUUGGUAGGGUGGGGAAGGUUGACGACGCUGUAAGAAUAUUUGAAGAACUUGAGAAUAGCGAGUGUGUACCGGAUAUUAUCUCCUACAAUUCAUUGAUUAAUUGUCUUGGGAAGAAUGGUGAUGUUGAUGCAGCUCACAUGAAAUUCAGAGAAAUGAGGGAAAAAGGAUUGAACCCUGAUGUUGUGACAUAUAGCACUCUCAUAGAGUGCUUUGGCAAGACAGAGAAAGUUGAGAUGGCAUGCAAACUGUUCGAUGAGAUGCUGGAUGAAGGUUGCUACCCUAAUAUUGUGACAUACAACAUUCUGCUCGACUGUCUUGAGAGGAGUGGAAAAACUGCUGAAGCUGUGGAUUUGUAUGCAAAACUUAAACAGAAUGGCCUAUCACCCGAUUCAAUUACUUAUGCAGUGCUUGAGCGCUUGCAAAGUGGUUCGCGCAAGAAGUUUAGAAUGCGAAAGCAGCAUCCAAUCACUGGUUGGGUUGUCAGCACAUUAUGAUGAACGUCGAAUAUUGCUGAAGCUGCCCAAUACCCAAAGUGAAGUGAGGGUAGUUAUCUGCAUAGGUACUGCCUCUUAUUGAAAUAUAUCCUCCACUUGAAUGAGGCAGUAUUGGGUAUCUGGGGUUGAAUUAGAGGAUCUUUUGUCUGCUGCAUAACCACUUCUCUCUGAACGUCAUCUUGUCCAACAUCCCGAAACACCAGAAUCUGGAUAUGAUUGGGGGGAUUAUCGUACCAGACAGAUUUACUGCUAUUCUCAAAGGAUAUCAAAGCGGAAGGCCACUGCAAGAUACAUGUUCCAUAACCCAGAAGAUGUUAGAUGGUUCAAGCCUGUUGAAGUUUUCUCGAGAUACAAACGUGCUUACCCCAAGUGGGCAGACCAUCGUUACCCUAUGGCCGAUGCUUGACCAUGGGGCACAACAAAUGACAAGACUUGAGCUAUAUCUAUAAAGGUUCAGUCUGCGGGAAUGAAGCUAUGGUUCAGAUUUGGAAAUUUUCAGGUUUCCUGUUUUCCCGGAGAAACAGGGAAAUCAGCUUUCUGAGUGGUCACGGCCCACGGGAUAUGACUCUACAUGGGAAUCAGUCUUUCUGAGUGGCCACGGUGUAUGACUGUCCCUUGGCCUCCGCUAGAUUAAGUUAUAUAAUCCACAUUUGUAUUUGUAUAUUGUUUGUUGUGUUGGUAGAAAACAAGUUCCUUAGCGGAUGAAGCAGAGUGAUAUGAAAUGCUG